GGCUUCCUGUCUCCUCCCCUCGUUGGAGCGGAAGUAGAACGCUUCUUGUCGAUUGUGGUGUUAGUGUCUCCUUGUCGUCAGCAUGUUCGGUCAGGCAGUCCGUAGGUUCACUACAUCCGCUCUUCGACGUGGCGGCCACUAUGGCGAAGGGCCCGGGAAGAACAUGCCCUUCUCCGUCGAAAACAAAUGGAAGUUACUAGCUGUAAUGACCGCGUUUGUCGGCAGUGGGUUUACUGCCCCCUUCCUCAUUGUCAGACACCAGCUUCUGAAAAAGUAAACCUGCAGAAGAAAAUCUAAGGUUCGGUGGACCGUCUUGACAAUGAAUUGACUUUCCUAGCCAUGAAUGACAUGGAUUGUAAAUAAAUAUAUAUGAUAUCUGACUCU